GAGAGAGAGAGAGAGAGGAGAGAAUCUCGUUUCACGGAUGGACAAAGUUUUUUAAAGAUCUCUAAUUAUAUUUUUACCCUGUAACUUUAAGUCACUUGUAAUUUAUAAUUUGACACAAAAUAAGCGGCUUAAUUUGUACAUCCUCCUCUCUGAAUAUUGACCGAAAGAAAUUUAUGCGCGAAAGAUAAUGCGUGACCUAUCCUGUUCCAACGAGGGGAGAGAUACACACAUAUAUCGCCGAUGUGUCAGAAAAUCAUGUCUCUCACGAAGAUUUUUACCUCGCGGGCAAAUGCCGCGAAUAUCGCAUUCUAUAUUACCCCUCAACAACCUCAACGACUGAACGCAGAAACUUGAGGGGUAAUUGCAUCGCUACUUUAUCGACACUCACCGUCUUCUUCCAACCGCCAUAUUGCGAUAUAUAUACGAUGCUCCGCUCGGCACCCCCGAUGAUCCAUUCCGCACCAUGUCCGCAGCCCGUAGCUAUCAGACGAUGUUUUGCCUCAGGAGACACGCGAAAAUGAUUGUCGGCACUCCUGACGACAGUACGCGUGCGAAACGAUCGCGUAUGAAGCGCGAGUCAUCUUCGCUCGACAUUCUGCUCGGUAGUCCGAACGGUUAAUCGGUUUCGCGAAACUGUAACCCCUCGACAAACACGUGAAACUCAUUCCCGGCAUUCCCGCGAACGAUAACUCACCACUGGGACUCGCUUUCAGCGACCGGAAGUUCGCAGGGAAUGCAGAGCUGCUCUCACCGCGGCUACGAGACAUGUCGCGACCUGAUUCGCGCCUACGAACUGAACACCGCCGCGAUUCAGUAUCGCGUCCAAGUAUCGACGCUCGGCUUCAUUCACAGUAGUAGUUGGCUUUGCUAUCUGUUCGAACAUGGCUCGCUCAGUUGGUCCGUGCUCGUCGCGUUUUCUAGCCGGUCAAAAGUGAGACGAGGCUUGAGAAUGCCGAGUCUAAUGACAUUUGGCCGGUCAUUUUGGCGAAUCGAUCUCGGUUCGACGGAGGACGAUUAACCGAGAUGACUCUCGACACCCUCGACCGGUGCGUGUCGCACCGGUUUUCGAGUCAUGGCGUCGCAACCGAAGAAUGAAGUCCAUCGCCAUCGCGUUUCUUGACAACCCAAUAACGAAUUUUGCGCGCAAACGUCGGGAGUCGGGGGCGCCGAAUCUAACGACGGGCGAUUGUUUUGGUGAGUCCAUCAGCUCACGACGGAGCACGAUUGAGCGUGAUGUGGCUAGGUAGUUUGAACCGGUGCGUGUCGCAACAUGUCUAGUCGUGGUGCCACAAUGGAAAAGUGAAGCGCGCCUAUGUGACAUCCGUCGCGUCUUCUAAUGCGUCCGACCGAUAGUGAUUUCUGUGAACCCACGACUGUGGGGUCGGGAAUGUCGAAUUGAAUAACGGGCGAUCGUCCCUCAGUGCGAUAGAUGAUGCUCUACCAGCGCGUGUGAGUGCGAGCGAGUGAACGCGAUGUUGUUGGUUAUGCAUAUAACCGUAAUCGUCCGUCUCGUUCCUGCAAAACCGCGUCUAAUUCCAGGAAAAGGAAAUGGAUACAUCUCCUCGUAUCUCAUCAUGGGGUGAGCCUUUUCGAAAACGACGCUCGUGUUUUGCUCUUUGCUCGCAGAUCAAAAGAUUAAAAGACUGGAAGGUCCGUUUGCCGUGGCACUAUCUCGUUCGGUCGCUACGAAAUAUUUCAUUGGUUUGACAAAUAAACUCGACCGAAUUCGCGGCGAGCAAGGUGACGACUCCUUUGAAGCAUCGUUCGCCGAAAACAAAUGUGAAUUGAAAGCUACGGAAGUGUAACACGAGGUGUGAACAUCGAUCUCUCGCUGCCCGCGAUUGGUCCUAGAUAUUGAAAUACCGGCUGCGGGCCUUCUUCUUUUCGGACGGCCAUUAGAAUGACAAUGAGUCUGGCUCGCUCUUCUUCUUGUUCUUCUAAAGCGACCGUGUGACCAAACAAACGCGGAGCGGAUUUACAGAAUCCGCUGGCCCUACGUCUCAAUUAUACCUCUUUCGCAAGACGCAAUUCCCGAAACGUAGAGAACACACGGAGGGAUGCGAACGAGCCUCUCUCGCAGUUACGGACUCGUGGCCGACCAGCAAGCGUGAGGGCCAGACUCCCUGUCGUCAUCCCGGUUAUCCGACCGGAAACGGGCCCGAAGAGUUUCCCGCGUUUCCCGCGUUUCUCGCUUCGUCGAUGCACAAAGAGCUCUCGUAACGAAAGCAGGCCGAUCGAGCGUGACGAGAAUUGUCCAUGGUGAGAAAAUGACGCCAGACUGCCGGACGAUUGUCCUUCUCCAUUGAAGGGUCAUCAUCAUUUGUGUGCAAACAACGAGACCUCGAGGAAGGACCACCGGAUAUGAACCAGAGGUGUGAACUUUCCUGCCGGUGGCGACCGAUGAGUGGCGACAUCAGUUCCGAAAGUGUACACCGCUUCAGCAGUAGAAAACAAACCUUCUUCGCGAGGAUGACACGCCUUCCUGUCGCACAUUGGCUUGUCCUGCUCUUGGGCAUCUCCCUGGUGGCGAUCGAAACCGCGACAGGAUACAACGUCCUGCUGGCCACUAUGGGUAGCACCAAGUCCCACACGGUGCCCUUCAUCGCCCUCGGUACGAGCCUGAGGUCGCGGGGCCACAACGUUACGAUGCUGAGCGCUUUCUCCGGUCCAGCGGCGAAUAAUGGUCUUCACGAACUGGUGCCGUCCGUUCUCAAGGCCUUCGUGGAGAAUUACACUUCCAAGUGGGACCUGGUGGGCUCCCGGUUCAGAAACGAAGUACCGGUUUUCCCGUGGGACAUCAUAAGCUACGCCUGGAAUUCGUGUGACGCGCUGCUGCGCGACGCCAAGUCGAUAGCCGGCAUGAGAAAACCAGACGGCGAUCCGCACCGUCGAUGGGACGUCGCGGUGCUCGACAUUGUUUAUCCCGAGUGCCUGUUGGCGAUCCUCCACGGCGAGAACAUACCGACGAUAAUACUGAACUCGGUCGCAUUAUACAGCGGAUAUAUUGUGCAACAAGGCAACCCGUCGCCGUGGUCAGUGACACCUUUUUUCGGCUGGCCGAUUACGCAAGACAUGACCUUCUUCCAGAGAGUCCUAAACGCGGCGGUCCUACUUGGCAUGAAUUUGUUGCAUUGGUUCACAGUUACGGUCUUCCUGCGACCGGCUCUACAGAGAUACCUCGGUAACCAAAUACCCGACCCGUACAGUCUGACGAAAGAGAUUCCCUUGAUACUGCAGAACAAUCACUACAGCGUAGGAGAAUCCAUGCCUUACAUGCCGAACGUCGUGAACGUGGCGUGCCUUCAGUGUAGGCCGGCGAUGCAAUUAAGCUCCGACCUGGACUCUUUCCUACAACGCGGCUUCGUGUUCGUCUCGAUGGGAACGUCGGUGCGAACUUCCGGAAUGCCGGAGGCGCUGCGGCAGAUCCUUGUGGCGGUCUUCUCCACGCUACCGUACAACGUCGUCUGGAAGUGGGACGGUGGCAAGAUCAAGGAUCUGCCGGCGAACGUGAGGACGGACGCAUGGUGGCCGCAGCAGGAGCUGCUCGGCCACCCGAGGCUACGCGCUUUCGUUUCCCACGGCGGACUGUUUUCCCUGCACGAAGCGGCUUAUCACGGCGUGCCGACCCUGGUUCUACCUGUCUUUUUCGAUCAAAAUGGCAACGCGGCGCAAGCUGAGAAACUGGGCUACACUCUGGUGAUGGAGCUGGCUGGCAUAUCAACCGGCGCGCUUCGCGAAGGUAUACUCAAGGUCGCCGAGCCUCACAAUAAUUCGUACAGAGAGGCCGCUAAGAAGAGAAGCGCGCUGCUGCGCGACGUUCCGAUCGGGCCCCGAGAAUUGGCUACGUGGUGGGUAGAACACGUUGCCAAGCACGGUGGAGCCGAUCAUUUGAAGAGCUCAACCAGGUACAUGGGAGUGAUACAUUAUUACAGCCUGGACGUCGCGAUAUUUUACAUGCUGAGCUCGAUUCUCAUCAUUUACGGGCUCAGGAAAUGCUGUUGGCGAGCGGUGAUCAGCCAGGAUUCCUUCAAGAAGAAAGUAGACUGAUCGAUCACCUCCCGAGGUCUUUUUUCGCCAAAUUUCUGUUAUUUAUUACCACGUGUAGGGUAUAAUCUCUUGAUAUUAAGCAUAUUUAAUUGGGUUAAAAUGGGAUUUAUGGAUAUCGAAAGAGAGCAAGAGAGAAAGGGAGAGAGAGAGAGAGGGAGAGGGGGGGG